AUGGACGGAUUAAACGAGUUUCGCACACUACGAGUUGCUGAGGUUCUCUCUGACUUCCGAACACUGCAGUACUACAUAGCUGCUGCCCCUGUCGAUCCCCAAGACACUUCAGAAUACUACACCGAGGGAUGGGCUGCGCUUCGUCAAUGUGCACUGGAUGGGCAACACAUUCUGGAAUGUGGUGCUGACACCAGCGUGCCCAACCCCCCUGGAGGCGAACAUGAACAGAUGAAGGCCGAGCUUAAACAAGUUCUCUUGGACGCGUACUCGAGACGACACGAAGGACAGAAGAUCUACCUUCGACAAGCAGCUGCCCAACGAUGGGUGGAAUACAGAAAACAGGUGCUGCAGGGCGGCCCACCAACUUCGCGAAACCAGGCUCAACUCCAAGCGUGCGAUCAUCAGCUGCGAGCGGAGCUCUCGGCAAUUGUCGACGAAAUAAUCUACACCGAGCUUAAGGCCUCGGAUGAAGGAAUGGGCCGCUGGACGGCAGAAGAUCCCAGUCUCCGGAGCGUGCUGCGCUGGCUCCGAGCACGCCGCUGA